AUGUUUCGGGCCUUCCGAUGCUUGCUCCUGGCGGCCGCCCUCGGCGAGCCGAGCCGCGGGAUCGAUUUUCCAGCGCCCACAGUGGAGCCGAAGCAGGCGGAAAAGACCGAGGAGCAGCUCUGGAUGGAUGAGCACUGGCCUGGCUACCAGAACGGCGUCAACCUCGGGGGCAGCUUUGUGAUCGAGAACUGGAUGUUCAUGCGGAGCAAGCCCCCCUUUGAUGACGCCUUCCUCCAGCUCGACUACUCCAAGAUACCCAGGUUCAACAACAACAUGUGGUCAAUUGCCAUGUUGAACAAGACGUCCUCCAGCACGGCGGACGAGGAUGAAGAUGACAAAAGACACCUGCGCCACAAAGGUAAGAAGAAGGAGGAUGGUGCAGGCGGCGGGGGAGAUGGCAGCAUCGCCUCUGAGACGAUGUGGUGCCACUUAGAGCAGUACUACAACGAUGACCUCUUGGACAAGUUCGCAGAGUUCGGGAUCAACUCCGUUCGGAUUCCAGUGGGGUAUUGGAUCUUCGACGACACAGAGCUGUAUCCCCUGGACUACUGGCCGGUCCCGCUGACGACCGGAGACCGGCCUUACGGCGUGAACCCUGAGGGAUUCGUGACGCCGGGCACACUCGCAUUGACCAAUGUCAUCGUGAAGCUGUGGAAUCGCAACAUGAAGGUGAUGCUCGACAUGCAUGCGCUUCCUGGGUGCAGCACCCCUUUCCAGUCCUAUGCCGGCAUCGAGUGCGCUCCAGAAGCCCCCAACUUCUGGGAAGGGCUUGCGGAAGAUGGCAUCUCGAAUGCUGGCGGCAGUCCUUAUCCGACUUAUCGGGAGAAGGAUGGGAAGACCUGGGCGGAUGUCUACUGGAAGAUUGCCCUGGACCGCGUGGUCCCCUACAUCAAGUUCAUCAAUGACCGGAUGCCUGGGGCCAUCAUCGCCUAUGAAGUCAUCAACGAGCCGGACCUUCUGCAGCGAGAUGCGAAGGAACAGGCCGUUCGGUCUGCCACAGUGGGGCUGGCAACCGUCAUGUCCCAGUUUGUGGAUGAGAUUGGCUUCGGCAUCAAUGACGGCACGGAGAACUAUGACACCACCACGAUCUCCAAGGACCUCCUGGGCCCCUAUUCUCCUCUCAAGGAUCGCUGGUUGCUGGACAUCCAUCACUACUUCAACUGGCCAUCCAUGUGCAACGUCUACGGCGCAGAGGAGAGCUACAUCUCCGUGCCCUGCGUGUGCGAGGCCAACGUGCCCAACACCACGCACCAGUAUGAGCAGCACGCCUGGUCGGGCUUCAUGAAGAUGGGGCUGCUGGACAAGGGGUACAGACUCUACAUUGGCGAGUGGAGUGCAGGGCUGCAGGUGGCUCGAAAUUGCAACAACCCCACCAAGUUGCCGAACCCCAAGCAGGCCCAGGUCAUGUGGAGGGCGCAGAAGUUCUCCUUUCUCCGAAACUACCUGCACUACCAGGGCCGGGCAGCACAGAGCCAGUCGUCCUUCUUCGGGGACUACUACUGGGCGGGCCGCAUGGGCCACAACUGGAAUGCAGACCCAUCGGUGUGCUGCUGUCACGAGGAUUCUGACUGGGUAGAUUUCGAGUGGUGGGAUUGGAGCCUGAUCAACCUCAUCAGGCUGGGCUUGGCCAAGAAGCUCUCGCAGAUGGGGUGGACGCCAGAGAGCCUCGAAACUUACGAUGCGAGGAUGAGGCCCGUUUGCAUGCCGGAGAGGUACCUGGCGGCGGCGUUCGACGAUGGAAGCUUGGUUCUCUAUGCCUCACAAGGUUCCGCGGCGCCGCUGCCGCUGCAGACCUGGCAGCUGGGCGAGGUCACGGCGGUGGCGCUGGCAGGUGAAGCCCUGAUCGUGGCAGGAACUCGUGAUGGCCGGCUGCUGCUUGCUGGCCCUGGCGGGCAGCUUCGCUCCUUGGAGAAGGGGCACGGUCCAGCGGCAGUCACGACGCUGCUCUUGAGCCCUGCGACCGAUGGUUUGGGAGGCAUUUUGCUGGAGGAGGGCGCCAGGGGCCCUCGGAGCUUAUUCUCGGCGGACAGCGCCGGCCGGCUCCGGCGCACCUGGCUCCCGGAGGCUGGCUCCCAAGAGACGGAGGCAGACACCUGGGAGUCCAGCACGAUCUGCGCGGAGCUCGCCUCCCCGAUCUUAGCCUUGGAGCUUUGCCCCACGACGUCGCGACUUCUGGUUUCCACGUCGGAGCGCAUCGCAGUCAUCGCCGAUGCGCUGGGCGCGGAGCUCGCGCCAGCACGCUGGGUCGGCUCCAAACCUCACAAGGGUCACCUCACGGCCACCUUCUGCGAUCACUUCGGUCCGGAGGCUGACCUCAUCGCUGCCCGUCCCGGUGGCCGGCUUUGGGUAGCCUCGGCCGAGAGCGGCACCGUGAGGGGCAUAGGCACCGCUGGCCGCGAAGUAGCCAUGAAGGUGCUCGUGAACUGCCAAGACUUGAAGUUUGAGGUGCAAUGCGGUGCUGGCAAGCAGCACAUGCGCUGGCUGGCACUAGUUGCUGCCUCACGCGUGCAGAGGGAGAAGUAUCCGCACGCCUUCAGGGUGCCCCAAAGAGUUGUGAACUCCGAGGGCAUGACGCUCAAGCCUCGACAAGUGAUCUGCGCCACCUUGGAGGAUUCUGAAGAGGUCUUUAUCGAACUCCGGCAAGGCGCCGCUAUUGCUGAGGAGGAUGUCGACGCACUCGAGUGGUCCGAAGAAGCAUAUGGCCCUCAAGCCAACCUGAUGGAAUGCAAGUUCAGGUGGAAGGUUGGUGGCCAGCAGGAUUUCCCAAAGUAUGUGCGUGGCGAGUACGUCGUCGCACCUCGGUGGCAGGGAGUAUAUCCCCAGAAAGACUAUGGUGGCCCCUUCGAGAUACAGAUCAUCCCCGUGGACAUCACACCGGAUGAGGUGGACUGGAUUGCUUCCAGGAAAGCGCCGCCCGGCAGCUGUACCUACAGGAAUGACUACGAGUCCAUUUGCAAGGCUGACCCGGACACUUUGACUUCGGACGGCCUCGCGCACUACAUCGAGUUUCAUUGGGACGUGCCAAUUGCUCCCGAGCCCUAUCCGGAAAUCGACAGCCGGCCUUCCACGGCGUCCUCCAGAGAUGGGGCGCAAGUCGAUCCCAGAUUCGAGCAGGACUGGGAGGCCCUACGACUAAAGUGGGUGGAGUCCUUCAUGAAGGUGCGUGUGAAGGACGUGCUGACGGAGUUUUACGCCAUUCUGAUCGACUUGUUCGACUCCUAUGCGUUCAUGGGCUUGGACCUUUCGGCAAGCCAGCACACAAUUGGCAUGGAUGAUUGGAAGCACCUGGUCAUCAACUGUGGCUUGCUGGAGGGUCAGGCAGAGGGCUCACUAAGCUGGUCCCAGGUCUGCGCGUGGUUUGAGGAAGCCGCGGGUAUCCGGGAUGGAAGGCCCUUUUUGGCUCAGAGGCUGACCCGGGCGCACUUUCUGGAGCUGUUGAUGCGGACAGCAUCGUGGACCAUGUGCGAGCAUCCUCGGGAGAAGUACGCACCGGAGAAGGGGAGGCCGCCCAUGCCCCUGGACGAGGGGCUCUUCCGUUUCAUCACGGACAUACUGAUUCCAGUUAUGGACAUCUACGAUGACGACCCGAUUCGAAAAGAUGCAGUUCAGCAUGAAAACCUUGUGGUGAUUCAGGAGAACCGACGGUCGAUCCGGUCGAUCUAUGCUUUCUUGGCGCAGCCAUGGCCACACUAUCAAGGAGAGCGUGUUUUAGUUCCGGCUACUCUCAAGUAUGUCUUGGAGUUCGCCCACGAGAAGCUGUCAGAAGCAGGUGGUGAGGGCGCCCCGCCACCGCCGGCAGAGGGGGAGGCUGCCGAAGCGCCUGCUGUUAAGGCUGUCAGUGUUGACAUGGCUGCCGUCUUCGGUGGGGAGGAGCGCCUCGACCUCGAACAGCUUCAGGUGAUCCUGCAGAGCUUUGAUUCUCACGUUAGCAAGAUCACUGCGAAUCACCCAGAAGAGUUUGACGCGCGAGCACUUCUCUUCUGGGAGUUCUUUGAGGUGGUCAUGGAUUCCUGCCGUGGUUUGGUGGCCGGGCUGGGCACGCCUCUGGAUAAGGCCAUUCCCGCAUACGUGCAGACAGUGCUGGCCUUCAUGGGACUGGUUGAUCGAGAGGAAGCAGCCCUGCCUCCACCACCCGUCCAGGGCAUGGACGGGGCGGAUGACGAAGUUCUAGCUGACAUAGAAGACGAGUGA